ACAUUAUAAAUUUUUAUUUUUUCUUCAUAAAUUAAGUGUGAAGUCACAAUUAAGAUAAAUAAGCUAAAAUAUAAGGAUUAUAUAAUACUCGGCGUAGAAUUCUUCUUUUGACACAUAGGGUGUUAUGGAUUUAAUUAGCGGUUUGGAAUGAAUAUCUAUGGAUUCCAUCAAAAUUUUGUCUCUCUUGAAAUCAUCCGUUAAUGUUUCAACAUCACUGAAACGAGGCAAACUGUUGCACCAAAAGAUUGUUAUUUCAGGCUUACAAAGCAACAUUAUUUUAUCUAAGAAUCUGAUUAACUUAUACAUCUCUUGCCAAGAUUUCCGUUCCGCUAAGCUGGUUUUUCAAAAUCUCGAAAAUCCUCUUGAUAUCACUUUGUGGAAUGGUCUCAUAGCUUCUUAUACUAAGAACCAUAUGUUCAAUGAAGCUCUUGGCCUCUUUGAGAAGCUGUUGAGAUUCCCAUAUCUUAAAGCAGAUAGUUACACCUUUCCUAGUGUCCUAAAGGCUUGUUGUGGCUUAGGAAAAGUGGAAUAUGGUCAAAUCAUACAUUCGCAUUUGAUUAAAACUGGGCUUUUAUCAGAUGUUGUUGUGACAAGUUCAGUGAUUGGGGUGUAUGGGAAAUGUGACUUUUUCGGUUCAGCCCUACAGCUGUUUGAUGAAAUGCCUGAAAGAGAUGUUGCAUGUUGGAAUACUGUGAUUUCCUGCUACUAUCAAAGUGGGCAAUUUUCCAAAGCCAUUCAAUUCUUUGAGAAGAUGAAGGAUUUGAGAUAUAUGCCUAAUUCGGUUACCUACACAGCUGCAAUCUCAUCAUGUGCAAGGCUUUUGGAUUUGGAAAGAGGGGAUAGAAUUUAUCAGGAGUUAGUGAAUGAUUCUAAGUUUCUGUUGGAUGGUUUUGUAAGUGCUGCUCUUGUGGACAUGUAUGGGAAAUGUGGCUUCUUAGACAAGGCUAAAGAGAUUUUUGAGCAAAUCCCUGCCAAGAGUUUGGUUUCUUGGAAUUCCAUCAUAUCUGGGUACAGCUUGAGAGGUGAUAGUAAAUCAUGUAUUGAGCUUUUACAGAGGAUGAACAAUGAAAACAUGAAACCCUCUCCUGUGACUUUAAGUAGCUUAUUAAUGGCGUGCUCUAAAUCUGGUCAAUUGCAGCACGGGAAGUUUCUUCAUGCAUAUAUAAUUCGAAAUAACAUAGGAUCUGAUGUCUUUCUUAAUGCUUCACUUCUUGACUUAUAUCUUAAAUGUGGCAGAGUUGAGACUGCCCAAAACAUCUUCAGUAAGAUCUCAAAGAACAAUGUGGAAGCAUGGAAUAUAAUGAUCUCUGGAUAUGUGUCAGCUGGCUACUACUUGGAGGCUCUUGCCAUCUAUAAUGACAUGAAGUUGGUGGGGAUAAAGCCUGAUGCAAUCACUUUGACUAGUGCCUUGGUAUCUUGUUCACAGUUGGCAGCCCUAGAACACGGCAAGCAGAUCCACAAGUGUAUCAUUGAUAAUAGGUUGGAAUCUAAUGAAAUUGUUAUGGGAUCACUGCUUGAUAUGUAUGCUAAAUGUGGUGCGGUAAGUGAAGCUUUUGAAGUCUUUGAUGAGUUGCCUGAGAGAGAUCUGGUAUCAUGGACUACAAUGAUUGCGGCAUAUGGAUCUCAUGGCCAAGCUUUUGAAGCGUUAAAAAUCUUUAAUGAGAUGCUGCAUUCUAAUGUAAAACCUGAUAGAGUUGCAUUUCUUGCAGUAAUUUCUGCAUGUGCACAUGCAGGAUUAGUGGAUGAAGGUUACCACUAUUUUAAUUUAAUGGUCAGUGGCUAUGGCAUCCAACCGUCAGCUGAAGAGUACUCGUGUCUAAUUGACCUUCUUGGACGUGCUGGAAGGUUGGGUGAAGCCUAUGCCAUUCUGCAGAGCAACCCGCACAUCAAGGAGGACGUUGAAUUGUUAAGCGCAUUAGUUUCAGCAUGCCAUUUGCAUGGGGAGUUAGAGAUUGGAGAAGAAAUUGCAAAGAUGCUUACUCAAAAGGAUAAAGAGGAUCCAUCCACUUACAUUGUUUUGGCAAAAAUAUAUGCUUCACAGAACAAAUGGAAUGAGAUACGCAAGCUGAGACUGAAGAUGAAGGAUCUGGGGUUGAGGAAGAAACCUGGAUGUAGUUGGAUUGAAGUAGAAAAGAGGAUUCAAACAUUCCUGGCAGAUGAUAAGUCAUUCCCGCUAGUAGACAAUGUUUAUCAAUGUCUAUCUUUAAUAAACAAUGACAUGGAAACCGAUGAAUGCUUUAGCAUUAAUAGCAAGGGAAAUGAAUACUAUUCACAGCCAACUACUUGACCAAAUCAAUCUCCUUGCUCAUAGACAUAACUUUUGUUUUUCUAAAAAUGGACAAUCAUAAUUCUGUCUCUCGCUGACACAGUGAUUAGGAAGACAUUGUUUGGUCUCUUCUGGACCUUUACCUCAUAGUGGAUAAGAGCAAGAUCCUUCAAAUUCAAAUUAACAGUUUUGAAAUAUUUAAGGUAAGCAUAUAUUUUUGGCACAUAUCCACAAGUGUAUAUGGACAUUAAGUUGGAAUAAAAUAAAAUUGAUCAUGGGGUCUUAACUACCAGAUUCCAAGCCAAGAAAGGUAAGUCGAGGAGCUCCUAUGUCUCCUUACCUCUUUAUCUUGGUUGUGGAAUAUUUAAACGGAUCAUUGAAGCUACUUAGGCAUGUCUCUGCCUUCAAGUAUCAUCCAAAAUGUACCAAGAUGAAAUUGGUGCGUAUCUUUGAUGUACCAUGUCUGGUUUUGAAAGAAACAAUCGAAGGUUUAAUCAAGUGGCAAGGGAGAGUAAAAAAAAAGAGUCAAAGAGAUCAUAUUGGAGCUGCAUAUUGUAGGACGGAGACAACUCAAGUGGAGGAGUACUAGAAAAGCUUAAUACCUUUCCCUUUCAAAAGAGUCCAAAUUUUUUUCCUACAAUGAUUCAGACCCUUCCUAGAAGGUGCUGAGUUCUUAUUAAUUGAUUGUAGUCCUUUGAUUACAGCUGUUGUUAUUUGAUUAUUUUUUGUAGGAACUAACUCUAGAGUUCAGUGAGUUAGUUCUUUAUAUUGCUUUACUUGGUCAACUUUACCCUUUAUUAAAUUAUGAGGUUAUUUAUACCCUCACUGCUAGCAAACUUAUUAAAUAUACCCUUCAAAUUAACAAUUUUCACAAUCUUACCAAAAUUGCCCUUUAAAAUUGAAAUUGCCCCUUCCACUAUUUAAUCCGAUCAAUUAAUUAAUUUAAUACCCAAAUUUCAUCCGUUCAAUGAAGUUCUUAUAGAAAUUCCUGCAAUACAACAACAACAAAC